AUGACGAACAUGAUGGGAGACGAAAGCAACAAACAAGUAGAGAGUUUAGAAGACACAGGGCGUACGGAAACUUCAAUACAAAAGGAAAUAUCGAAGCUAGAAUACUAUUUGGAAGGGACAGACGAACUGACUCGAGAGAUUGACGUUGAGGAAAUAAAAACAACGGUUAAACAAACAUCCAAGAUAACCAGCAAACUUUCGGAGCUUAUUUCACAGCUAGAAGAAUUUAAAAUCGACAGUGGUAUUUCACCUAGAACUGUUCGUCAGUGGGAAAAGGAUAUCAAGGCGAAAUAUGCAGAAUUAUUGCUGGACAAGGAGAAAUUCGAGUCAAGGAAGCGACGAAACCAAGAAGAAUCUGAACGACGAAAGUGGGAAGCUGAACAACAAUUAGAGGAGGCAGCAAUCAUCGAGAGACACGAACGUGAACAAAAAUUAUGGGAACAAAACUGCAAGCCGAGUUGGAAAUUACUGAGAAACGUAUGGAGCUAG